AGCAUGAUGCAAUAAGUCUGUCAGUAAACAGAAAGCCAAUUGGAUCAAAUCACGGUGUGGAGAAGAAAGAAAAAAUGGCAUCAAGAAGGAUCAGCUGACGGGGCAGAGAGGGCAUCAAAACUAGAUUAGCUGUUCUUGACUAAGAAGAUCAAACAACCUGUAAAUGAGGAAUGUAGAAAGGGAACAAAACAUGCCAGCAUCCUUGAGAAAACUUCAGCAAAUGGCUCUUUAUCUGGCGGUUGUGUCUGGUGGGGGAACUGCUCUUAUGUAUUACUACAUACAAAAGAAUUUUGCCAGAGCACAGUAUUAUCAGCAGGCUCUCGAGCAGCUUCAUAAAGACUCAGCAGCCCUGGAGGCGCUUGGUGCUCCUCCUCUUAAAGUACAUUACAUCAGGCUGACUGACAAGACCAAUCGCGUUGAUGCAUCAAGAGCUCAGUUAAGGAUACCAGUAUCUGGAACAAAGUCAGCUGGUUAUCUUCAUGUCUGUUCAGAGAGGGACUUCACCCUUAACAGCUGGCAUCUGCAAGAAGUCACACUACAGCUCUGUAAUGGCCAAAGUGUUCCAGUCUGCCUAUCGUCACAGAAGGAUGCUUCUCAGCAAGAGAUGUAAAAAUCAAAAAGUUCAAGAAUUUAGUUGGGGGGGGGGGGGAGAGAAUGAUUUGUAAAUCAUCACAAGUAAAAGUUUUAAAUGCUAGUUGGGAGCCCAAAGGCUUGUUUGGACAUUCACAAGGGUCUGCUCUGGGAGCCCAAAGGCUUGUUUGGACAUUCACAAGGGUCUGCUCUUAUGUAGAAGGAUAUUCUACCACGUAGGGCAUACCCAAAGCUUUUAGCUUUCAACAUGCUUUUG